AUACGAGUCAAUUCAGUGCCAAAUCGCUAAUGUGCGGCGGAGAACGUUUUCGGUUGAACUAGGUGUGCCGUUACAUUGGUUUUCUACAAUCCGGAGAGUUUUGCGGAAUUUAAAAAUGACGUUUUGGGAAGAUCGACCGCAAACGAUUGCCGUUAUACCGGAUGCAUUUAUUUUUCUCACCUCGGGCAUGAAUUUAGCGCUUAGCUUGGGCUAUUAUUACAACCCCGCUACGUCACACUUUCUAUUCUCAUGGCUCGUUGGUGUAAUCAUUGGUGCGCUCUUAUCUGCAUACCUGGUGCAAUUCCUUAUCAAGCGUUACUUUGUCUUGAUCAGCAGCUUCUUGGUCGUAGUGGCUGGCAUUUUGUACACCGCCUUCCCAUUUGAUGAUAUAGCGCUAUUGGCAGCACGCUACAUAAACGGUAUUGGCACCGGACUGAUCAUCGUGCCCUUCAUUGUGCAUUGCAGUGAGAUAAGCGCCACACGGAAACGCGGCUUCGGACUGGGACUCGAACAACUCUGCAUUUCUUUAGGCGUAUUUAUACAAGCCACCUACAUAUCGCUGUGGAAUGCGGGCAGCACCUUCUCUCCAAUGCGUAUACAUGGCAUCUUCUGUCUGGGUUUCGGCUUGGGCGCGCUCGGUUUGGCCUAUCUCGUCAUUGAAUCACCGAUAUUUUAUAUACGUAGGGCCAAUGAUGCACAGGCGCUGAACUCGUUGACAUGCCUGCAAUUGCCCGCCGUUUUGUCGGAUGAGAAGAAGUUACUAUUGGUGGAGCAUAAGAAUUAUGUGCUGUUGAAUGAGUAUUUCGGUACUGGCAAUAGUUUCGUGCGUGGUUUAGCCCCUCUACUGAAAAUGACUUUAUAUCGCGCCGCUUUGGCUUUCUCCUUUUCACUACCCUACAAUAGUCAGCUGUAUUUCGCUACGUUUAUGGGCAUGAGCGGUGAAGGUCAGUGGACAUCGGUUGUUUAUACUGCGCUACGCUUUUUGGGCGUCUGCACUGCCAUAUCCAUGCUGGACAUGAUCGGACGUAAACUUGUCGGUCUGCUGGGACUGUUGGUAAUGGGUGGUAUCGGUAUUGGUAUUGCCGUAAUAUUUGCUUACCUCUCUAAUUGGGUGCAAGCUGAUCAAAUGAGACUGGUUUGCGUGCUGUUGUUAAUAUUUCAGUUUUUCGCCGGUUUAUAUGCGCCAACGACGUCCGUUUAUCUCGGCGAAGCCUUUCCGUUGCUAGCGAAGCCGUACUUCAUCGCAUUCUGCAUUUGCGUGGAAUGCACGGUGCACAUCAUCGUCAUCUGUACAUUUAAUUUCAAGCUGCAUCAAAUUUAUGUGUUCAAUACUUUUACGUAUGUCUUCAUGUUUUUCUGCUUUCUUCUGUUUCUUAUUACCAUACCCGAAACGAAGUUAAUGACUUUAAAUGAGGCGCAGGAAAGAUUCCGCUUAUGGAUCAAUUUGAAAUCUUGGUAGAAUUUAUUAUCCUUAUUACUGUUAGAAUUUCUAUUAUCUAUUA